ACUUAUAAUAUUUCUUUCAAACCUGACUUUUCUCUUUUAGUUAAUAAAAUCUUAACUCUGUUUUAAUUAAUAAAUCUGUAUGCAGUUUUAAUUCAAUUAAAUAUUCAAUAUAUAUAUAUAGAAGAUUGAUAGGUAAUGUUAAAGAAUAAAUAUUGAAGAUAAACGCGAAUUUGAAAGUUAAUAAAAUUCAAUUAUUACUCUCGCGAUUUUCAAAUUACUUUAUUGUUGUUUAUCGAACCAGAGGCAGAGAGGCUUAUCUCACCAGCUGCAAAUAAAAACUAAAUGGAUUUCUUGCAAAUUAUAUUGCAAGUACUUGGCGUUAUAAUGUUUCUCGCAAAACUCGUUUGGGAGAUAAUAAAAAUAUUUAUUCCCUUAAAAUAUAAAAUGAAGGAAAUAAGCGGAGAAAUUGCAUUGGUAACUGGCGGAGCUGGUGGAUUAGGAAGAUCUAUAGCCAUAGAAUUAUCUAAGCAUGGUGUUAUCGUUGUCAUAUGGGACAUCAACGAAAAAGGUAUCGAAGAAACAGUAAAAUUAAUACAAGACGCGGGUGGAAUUUGUUACGGUUACGUUUGUAAUAUAAUUAAUCGCGAAGAAGUUUAUGAGAGGGCAAGACAGUUAAAAAAAGAAAUCGGCAAGGUGACCAUAUUGAUAAAUAAUGCAGGAGUAAUUAAUGUUCAGAAAUUCCAAAAUAUUCCGGACAAUAAACUUAUGCAAACGAUGCAAGUAAAUAUUAUAAGUCAAUUUUGGACAACGAAAGCAUUCCUUCCAGGAAUGAUAGAAUGUAAUAAAGGUCAUAUUGUAAGUAUAGCAAGUAUAGCUGGUUUUCGUAGUUUUCCGUAUUUGGUAGAUUACUGUACAUCCAAGCAUGGAAUUAUUGGAUUCUAUGAUGCAUUAGAUAUGGAACUAUACUCAGACGGAUAUGAAAUCAACACAACGGUAGUAUGUCCUACCAUUAUCAUUGGUACUGGCAUGAAAGCGGAAUCAUAUAUACGUUCUAGGUCUAUGAUACCUUUUGUGAGUUGUGAAGAGGUAGCUAGACAAACAAUAAUUGCGAUGAGAUGUAAUAAAAAGAAUAUUACUGUUCCAGGAUACAACAGUAUAUUGCGAAUCCUCAAUAG